GCUUGAGCAGUACAUGUUUUACCCUGAAGUAGUCUGUGACGAUGAACCGAAGUUUAAAAGUCAGAGGAAAUCAGUGAUCCGAGAAGACGACAUGUAAACAGUGGUGGUCUCUCCUCCAUUGCAAAAUGCCUGAGGGAGAACAGACCCCCCACCCUUACUUUCCUCGCUCCUUGUCCCUCCCGGGAUACAGACCUAAUCGUGUCCGCCUCUCAGAGCUUCUUGGAUUGUUCUUUGGUUUGGUCGCUGUGGUGCUUAUCGGCACGUGGAUUUUAGCAGGACGUUAUAAGAAGCGAGGGGCGGAUCGAGUGAUAAUAUGCUGGUUUGUGGCGUGUGGUUUCAUUCAUUGUGUAUUGGAGGGAUACUUCGCUGUAAACCACCAGACUCUAUCGGGGGGUGGAUCAUAUCUGGCCGAAAUGUGGAAGGAAUACGCUCAUGGUGACAGUCGAUACCUCACGUCGGACUCUUUUGUUGUAUGCAUGGAAACCAUCACUGCUCUGGUUGACGGUCCGCUGAGUUUUGCGGCGGCCAUUGCUCAUCUUACCGGAAGUCGUCACAGAUAUCCGCUUCAGUUAGUUGUGUCCCUUUGUCAGCUGUAUGGCGACACACUCUACAUGUGUAUAGAAGCCAAGGACGAUUUUAUCCACGGGGAGUUUGGACAUCCUCUACAUUUUUGGUUUUAUUUUGUUUUUCUGAACUUGUUUUGGAUUUUUGUACCUUUAAUCCUUAUAGUUCAGGCUUAUAUAGCGCUUACAGUAGGAACAGGAACACACAGCGAAUCAAUACAGAGAGGAAAGAAACAAAAAUAAACAGAGCAGAAAAAAUAAAUAAAAAUAAACAGCAGAAAAAAUAAACAAAAAUAAACAGACCAGAAAAAGGGAAAUAUAUCUGGAGUUUUCCUAUUUGACUUAUACAACUGUAACUUGUAUUUAUCUAAGCUAUAGUUAUAAGCUGAAAACUGUUCAUUUUGUCAGAUAUUAGACGGUCCGAGGCGCUCUAGCGCCGAAGAGAGUCUAAUAUCUGACAUAAUGGUCAGUUUGAGGCUUAUAACUUACUUAAAAUAUUUCGCCAAUGUCGAACAAUCCCAUUGUUAACUUAUUGGACAGCUGCAGGUAAACUGUUUUCAUUCUGCUUUGCUGACUUUAUUUGGCAUUGUCCAUUAAGUUAUAGGCCAGAGAAAACUAGCUUUUGAAUUUACCACUGUAGUUUAUCAAUAGUAGGCAUCACUGAGUCACCAUUUUUUAUCAAUAAAUAUGAACUUUAA